UAUUCAUUAAUUCAUAAUUUUCUUUCAGGUUCGAUCUGGGGCUAAUGUUCUAAUUUGUGGUCCAAAUGGCUGUGGGAAGAGUUCACUUUUCCGUGUUCUUGGUGAAUUAUGGCCUCUUUUUGGAGGACGUCUAACUAAACCUGAGAGAGGAAAGUUAUUUUAUGUUCCUCAGAGACCUUAUAUGACCCUUGGAACCCUUCGAGACCAAGUGAUAUAUCCAGAUGGAAGAGAAGAUCAAAAAAGGAAGGGGAUAUCUGACCUAGUACUAAAGGAAUACUUAGAUAAUGUCCAGUUGGGUCAUAUUCUUGAACGCGAAGGAGGCUGGGACAGUGUUCAGGAUUGGAUGGAUGUGCUCAGUGGUGGAGAGAAGCAAAGAAUGGCAAUGGCAAGAUUAUUUUAUCAUAAACCCCAGUUUGCCAUUUUGGACGAGUGCACCAGCGCAGUGAGUGUGGACGUGGAAGGCUACAUCUAUAAUCACUGUCGAGAGGUUGGCAUCACCCUCUUCACUGUGUCCCAUAGGAAGUCUCUUUGGAAACACCAUGAGUACUACCUGCAUAUGGAUGGCAGAGGCAAUUAUGAAUUUAAACAGAUAACAGAAGAUACAGUUGAGUUUGGCUCAUAGAAUCCAGAGAACUGUACCUGCUUCAAUGAAAUAAUUACAGAACACACUUAGAAAUGCAAAGUACAUUGUAAAAUAAAGUUGAGCUUUUUUAAAACCAAGCAGCAAACUAACUAAAUAUAAAAUAAUCGAGAACAAGUUGUUAAACCUUUAAUAUUAUGUAGGAUAUUGCUAAUUGUGUAUAUGUUGGUUUAAUUAUUAAUAUGUACUAAGAAUGACCUUAUUCUUGUGGUUGAAAAACUGCCUAAAUUAACUUGGGCUUAAAUCAGUGUCACCUGAUUCAUCUGGGGAUAUAAGUCAUUGGAAGUCAGCUAAUUUGACUCAUGGCUUUGUCUUUUCCUUCAAUGAAGAACCCUGUUUAAAACUGGUGUCAUCACAUGUCCUGUUAUAACAAGAUAGUUUUGAGUUUAAUUUUCUUGUGCCCCUGAUGGUGGGAAGCAAACAAAUCAUAGUGUAUUAUCAAAAUGCACAGCAUCAUUGCAUACGAGCAUUUAUUACACAGCGGCAGGUUUCUUUAGCUGCCACAGUUAUACUCAUUCCUUGUAUAUGUCCUGGGGUACAUUUGACUCCAGGAAAGCCAUUUGAAUUUCCUUUGGCCAAAUAAUAAAUGUGUCCCUCUCAAUCUUCAGUGUUGAGUUAUUUUAAGGGUUUUUACAAAAAGUAUACCCAGUCUUGCUUACAAAAGGUGGUUACUAUGUUUCACACUUACUCUUCCCAAUGUUUGGGAUAUUAAAACACAAAGUCUUUAAAUGUCAAGUUCAAGGUCUUAGAUGUUUAGAUUUUUUAAAAGAAUCACGAAUUUGUGUACAUUAAAGCCCAUUCAUUAGAAGUGUGGUGGUUACAUGGUGUGAAACUCCAAAUGA